UGGUGGAAAUGUACCUUCUAAGUUGCCAACUGCCAAUAGAUGAAGAAGAAGCAGAAGUGAAAAACAUUAUUGUUUUGUUUGUGCGUCACGACACUAGGGAGGAGAAAUUCAGGUUACUUCCGCAAAGCAGCCACAAAGGGAACAAACUUUGUCCCACUUCAUCGAUUGUGCAUUCAUCAUUGUAAAAGUGUAAGAAACACGUGCUAUACAAAGUUUCUCAUACUUUUAGAAUUAUGGCGGCACAAUUGCAUGAAUUGGUCACAAAUGUUCCAUCAGACAUUAAAAAUGGAUGUCACCAAGUUCAAUGCAAACUAUCUGGACUCUAUACAGAAGGUGGUUGUUUGGACCUUGGUGAAUUUGCCAGUGUUGUAAAACGUUACUCUGGUACACUGAUUCCCCUCACAAACCCAAAGGGUUACAGUAUAAGGGUGUGUGGACAGGAUGACACAGUCUACAGUGGCAAUGACGAUCAGCUGGAAGCCUGGAAAGAUUUCUUCCUACCAGAGAGAAUGGAGAUGGUGGUGAUUGGUGCAAUUGAUGAGUUCCCAUGCGACGCAAUUGGCCUGCAGUUAGUAAUCUUGCUGUGUGAAGACGGGAAUAUCUAUGCCUACGAAGAUGAAGUUCUGCACCUUGUAGCCAGAAGUAUAAAGGAGCUGUUUGAAACUGGCUUGACCUUUCCUGGAUUAGAACGCUACAAUCUAGGAGAAUGUUUCGAGGAAUACACAGAGGAAGAGUACAAUGAAAUCAUGGAAUCUGAUGAAGUGAAAGAAAUGACAGAAGCACACAACCGUUUCUGUGAACCUUUGGAGCUCCAAAUAUUGGAAUCUCUACGGAAAAUCAAACAAAAUCAAUUGAAGGGUGUGGAGGAAGGCUGUCCCAAGAAGAAUUCAGACACAACAAAACAAAGUGUUUGGAGACUAAUUGCUACAUAAUGCAAAAUGCUACUUCAAACAAAAAUUUACUGCGUGUUCAUUAAAGAACACUAUAUAUACAUUCUAUAUAUAUGUGUAUAUAUGUGUAUAUGUAUAUGUGUGUAUAUUUGAGUCUGGUUCAUCUCAAGGUUUCUUCCUUUACCAUCUAAGGGAGUUUUUCCUUGCCACUGAUGCCUGAGUCACCUCAGACUUGCUCAUUGGGGAUAAAUACAUACACAACUAAAUAUAUCUAAUAUUAAUUUAGAAUUUUGUACUCUAUUAAUCUUUAUUAUUCUUUAUAAUAACCAUUUUUCUAUGUUUAUGUUCUGUAAAUCUGCUUUGAGAUGAUGUCAAUUGUAAAAAGUGCAACUUCAACUGAACUGAAUUGAAUCUUGAAUAUACUGAAUGAAAUGUCUGAAUAUAUUGAAUGUGUAAUGGCUUCCUUUUAAGUUUAGCCAUUUCUGGUGUGAAAGUAAAGUUGACACUACUCCAUA